CAUUGCACCUCGCAAUCUGGGGGAAAGGGGUGAGAUAGGAUCCCAGUGUGUCAGUGCACCAGUUCCCCCGCAGUCUAAGCCUAUAGCAGUCACAUUUUGUCCUCAAUUUCUCACUGAGACUUAAAGGUUUGAACUUUUGCACAGAUGGUUUUUAAGUUUUUAGGUUACACCAGUCCUUAAAAAAAAGCAGACACACCUACCAUCAGCUCAGGCUGUGUGCGAGGUGUGACUGCACCUUCUGAGGGUGGGACUUUACACCUGGCUCCAAAUCAGUCCCAGACCUGUUUUCAGAGGACUCGCUGCCAUCCUGUGUGUGUGACUGAGACGACACAGCCGCCAACAUGCCUGACACUGCAGAGUCGCACCUGGUCACCCUCACCACCAACCGCAUCUGUGUCAUCGAGAUCAAGAAUGACAGCACUAUGUACUGCCUCUACAACCCAAAGGUGCACAUGGAAAGCGGCUUCAGCCACAGCCCUCCCACACCCACCCUGGGCAUCACCAAGACCGAAGUGUGCUCCUUCACCAAGGACGACAACACGGCCUCAGGCGCCGUGGGCGUCCUGACCUACGAGCUGUUCCACAUGCGCGAACGCAAAUCCCCCGAGAUGAUGGCCAUCAUGUUCUCCGUGCCCUACGACUACAACUUCUACCAGAACUGGCUCGGACUCGGCGUCUUUGAGAGUUCGGUAGCCACCGAUCACGAGCUGUUCGACCAAAUGUACAAGAGCAAGGAUUUCACCAACUUUGUGCGCUACAAGUCGGACGGCUCGGGGAUCGUCUUCAAGGGGAAGAGUCUGGAUCUGAGGGCCUGCAUGUCUGAUGAGGGCAGGGCGAUUGUGAAGUUGGAACUGUUUGACAAGAUGGGCAGAUGAGUCUGUUUGUAACUCUGAAAAUAAAAUGUUGAGCACCUAAAUGUGUGCGCUUAUAUGGAAUGAAUUGUCAAAAACGAAGAUUUAAGUAAAUAAAAACACGAUUAUUUGAA